AGAAAGAUUACAGAUCAUACAACAUAGAACUCCGUUCACUUAUCGAUCAACAAUAAAGCUUAGUAAUAUUCAAGAAUCAGAUGCUCAAAAUUACUUUUGUAAUGGAAAAUUUAUAAAUGUGGGUGAAUCAACUAAUGAAGAUGCAGGUUUUUUGCAAGAUGAUUACACACAGUACAAAUUAAUUGUUCACGAUCCGAUACCACCGUUUUUUAUUAAAACUAAUUUGAAUAAAACUAACGUAAAAACUAUCGAUAUAAUCGCCGAAGGUCACAAAACAGUAAUUUUGCAAUGUUUUGCAAAUGGAAUGCCAAAACCAACAAUUUUGUGGUACAAGGAUAACAUAUUGCUAAAGGAAAAUGACCAGUACCUGUUUAAAUUUAAUUAUCAAGAACUCCAUAUUAAAUAUUUGAAGCAACAUGAUAGCGGAAAAUAUUUAUGUCGUGCUAUUAGCCGAUUAGGCACCAACGAAACUUUUCAACAGAUAAUGGUAAAAAGUACGAAAUGGCAGAAAAUGGAUAUAAUAUUAGUUACUUCAAUAGCUAUUUUAUGUUUUAUCGUAGUGAUCUUAGCGAUCUUUUUUACAAUUAAAGUUCGUCGUGAAAAGAAAAUGAGGAAGGAAUUGAUGGAAGCGGGACUUAUGCAUUUUGAAGAAGGCGCUUUAGAAUGUUUAAAUCCAGAGUUGACAGUUGAUGAUCAAGCGGAAUUACUUCCGUAUGAUAAGAAGUGGGAAUUUCCUAGGGAACGAUUGAAACUCGGAAAACAAUUGGGCAGUGGUGCGUUUGGAGUAGUGAUGAAGGCGGAAGCGCAAGGAAUAUGUGAAAAUGAAACUGUCACCACUGUUGCCGUCAAAAUGGUUCGUCGAACCACUGAUCCAACUUAUGUUCGUGCACUUGCGAGCGAAUUAAAAAUUAUGGUGCAUCUUGGUAAACAUCUAAAUGUUGUCAAUCUACUUGGCGCUUGCACUAAAAAUAUUUCCAAACGUGAACUGCUAGUAAUUGUUGAAUUUUGCCGUUUUGGUAAUUUGCAUAAUUACCUUUUAAGGCAUAGAAAUAGUUUCAUUAAUCAAAUUGAUCCCAAAACUGGAAAGCUCGAUUUUACUAUAGGUAUGGAUAUAUUAACAAGAACUGUUAGUAUCAACAGUAAUAAUAGUCUCAGUGCAAAUUCAGACACCGAUGUAGUAGUUCAAUAUUGUCCGGGAAUGGGUCCAGGCUCUGAAGAGAUCAACUUUUCGCAAGAUGAUUGUGUUCUCAGCAAUAAUUCAUCACAACCGGGGUGGAGAUCAAAUUAUCGCGGUGAUUAUAAAGAUCAAAAUCUUAAACCAAUCUGCACUCAGGAUCUAUUGUCUUGGGCAUUUCAAGUAGCACGUGGAAUGGAAUAUCUUAGUCAAAGAAGGGUGCUGCAUGGUGAUCUAGCAGCAAGAAAUAUUCUACUCGCGGAACACAAUAUAGUAAAGAUUUGUGAUUUUGGACUCGCAAAAACUAUGUAUAAAGAUGGUAAUUACAAGAAAAAAGGUGACGGUCCGUUGCCUAUAAAAUGGAUGGCCAUUGAAUCGAUUAGAGAUCGAAUUUUCUCAACACAAUCUGAUAUAUGGAGCUUCGGUAUAGUGCUUUGGGAAUUUUUCACUCUGGCUGAGACACCAUAUCCUGGCAUGGAGGCCGAAAAACAAUAUCAAAAAUUGAUUGAAGGCUACAGAAUGGAGCAACCAGAUUAUGCUAUUCAUGAAAUAUAUGACAUAAUGUUACAAUGCUGGAAGGCCAAACCCACGCUACGUCCAAGUUUUACAGAUCUUGUGGAGAAUAUUGGAAAUUUAUUGGAGGAAAACGUAAAAAUGCAUUAUAUCAUCCUAAAUACACCAUACAUGGACAUGAACACGAUGAAUCUGGAAAGUGGCAAAAACGAUUACUUAACAAUGAUGUCCGCGCCGGAUCAUGCGGCUCUAUCGUCACCGAAUCAUGAUUAUGUAAACACAUUUAUUUCGAAAGACAUAACGGAUUCAUCGUAUUUAUGCAUGAAUCCCAGCAUGAGUCCGACAGACGAAUCCGGAAUAUUUAGUCCUAGAUCUAAUCAAAAUCAUUCGCAUUUUGAGUUCCCGUCGCCCGCAUCAGAUUCCGAAGAUGCAAUCGAACAAUCUCCCAUGCUGAAACACGAGGAAGAUCCCUAUUUGAAACCAAUCAAUGUUCAUGAACGACGAGCAGAGUUUGCAAGACAGAGACAAGCGAUGAAAAAUCAGACGAAAGAUAAAUCAAUCGAUCGAGAUUCUGGUUACUGCAAUACACCGCGGAAUCUUCAUCUAAUAGAUCUGAAUGAUAUAGAUAAGAAUGACAUGACCAAACAAGUAGAUUCGAGAAAGAAGGAUUACGCACCACCUAUCAUCAGUACACAGGACAAUUAUGUCAAUAUGCCAAUACAGAAGAAUGAUUUGAAAAGAGGUAUGCCAGAUAGCUUCAGUAAUCCUAGUUACGUGAUGAUUAAUGAUCGCGAGAUGGACCAAAGAACUUAGUCUGUGCACUCUAUUGAAUUAUUUUAAAAAUAAGAUACAAUAUAGUGUAAUUAUUUAUUUAUAAUUAAAGUCCGGAGUGAUGCUUAAUACUGUUUUAACUGUAAUAAUAUCUACGUCGUUAAAUAAUACAUACAUGUACUAUCAAAUUUAAUUAACUUCAGUGUAUG